GUGGGGUUUUGGUGGAAAAAAGGAGUGAAUUAAGUGCGGAUUUCCGAGGAACCUGGCAACAUUUAAUAUUUUCUGACUGGAUUUCCUGAAAGAUGUGAUACUCCAUAACCCGUCAACGAAAUCUGAAGAACUAAUUCCCAAAUUUGAGUUUCCUAUUGUAUAAAAUAUACAAUGAUGUUGUGAAUGUGAAACCUGUCAUCCUGGAUCGUGAAGUUACUUCCCCUGAUAAUUCGAGGAUGGCUGUGUGUCGUACAUCGACUCCGCCUCCCCCGGAAAUGACAUGUCCUAUAGCUGAGAAUUGGUGCUGUACACAGGUUAAAGUGAUAAAAUUUUCCUAUAUUUGGACAAUAAAUAACUUUAGUUUCUGUCGAGAAGAAAUGGGAGAAGUUUUAAAAAGUUCCACAUUUUCAGCUGGAGCCAAUGACAAACUCAAAUGGUGUUUACGAGUAAAUCCGAAAGGUUUAGAUGAAGAAAGUAAAGAAUAUUUAUCCUUAUAUUUAUUAUUAGUAUCUUGUAACAAAUCAGAAGUACGAGCCAAAUUCAAAUUCUCAAUAUUAAAUGCUAAACGGGAAGAAACAAAAGCUAUGGAAAGCCAGCGAGCCUAUCGGUUCGUUCAAGGUAAAGAUUGGGGCUUUAAAAAAUUUAUUCGGCGUGAUUUUUUAAUGGAUGAAGCUAAUGGUUUAUUACCAGAUGAUAAACUCACUAUUUUCUGCGAGGUGAGUGUUGUCGGUGAUACUAUCAAUAUAUCGGGCCAAUCCAACUGUACCCCAGUCAAGGUUCCUGAGUGUAAAUUAUCAAAUGAUUUAGGCUCAUUGUUUGAACGGUCGUUAGCUAGUGAUGUAAUAUUGUGUGUAAAUGGGAAAGAAUUUCAGGCACAUAAAGCCAUUUUAUCAGCAAGAUCUCCAGUAUUUCAAGCCAUGUUUGAACAUGAAAUGGAGGAGAGUAAGCAAAAUCGUGUUGAAAUAACAGAUCAAGAUCAUGAAGUUAUGAGAGAAAUGUUACGUUUUACUUACACGGGCAAAGCUCCUAACUUAGACAAAAUGGCUGACGAAUUACUUGCAGCAGCCGACAAAUAUGCAUUAGAAAGAUUAAAAGUGAUGUGUGAAGAUGCAUUAUAUUCAAGUUUAACUGUAGAAAAUGUUUGUGAUAUUUUAGUGCUAGCAGACUUACAUAGUGCUGACCAACUUAAAACUCAUGCUGUUGAUUUUAUUAAUAGUCAUGCAACAGAUGUCAUGGAUACAAUGGGUUGGAAAUCUAUGGUGUCUACGCAUCCACAUCUCAUAGCAGACGCUUUCCGAGCAUUGGCCAGUCAGCAGAGUCCACCUCUCGGUCCUCCUCGGAAACGUGUAAAACAGUCGUAAAAUUUAACAUGUGUUACAGACAAUGUGUGACACAAUUCAUGACGGAAACAGACGUAUUAUAAAUAAUGAGUUAUUUAUUUAUUUGGUAUAUUUUACAAUGUGACAUGUGAUAGUCAUGUGAUCCCAGUGGAGGAUAACGGAGGAUGAACCAGUUUUAGAAACCCUGUUUUAAUUGGUUCAAUUUUCUCGGCUUGUGUGCAUUCUUCAAGUAUUGGUGAUAACAGUUGUAAAAUAAUAUAUUUUUAUUGGUGGAAACUCUAACCAGUUUCAAAAUACCAAAUUGUCAUUGGUCAAAACUUUAUAUCAGAUAAUGUUAAUGAUUUUCUUGUAGAAACUAGAGUCAGUUGAGAAAUAGAGUGUUUUGAUAGGCUGAGCUACAGGUUGAUUUAUAUUGUACUAAACCUGGUUAGAGUAUACUGGUCUUAUUGGCUAACUUCAUCUCAAAAGAAGGACACAGACUACCAUGACGUUGUAUUUUAAGAGGAUGAUUUCCUAUUGGCAAAUAAUAUGAAUUUUUAACAUCAAAGAGUCGCUAUACAAAGUUAAGGUGUUGUUUCAGCUAACUUGAUGAAUCCUUUUUUCACCAAUUGAUAUUAAAAUGCAAAUCUCUUUUCCAUUUCAUGUUUUUCCAUGGGUGACUUCAUCCAUGAUCUGGCCAAUUUUAUGCUUAUGUUCUGUUCAAUAAAAGAUUGCCAAAUUAUAUGAUAAUGAGGAAUUGUGAGAUUUUCAUCGUUAAACAUUGAUUUGUAUUAUCUAACCACUUUUUAUAGUGUUUUUAAUUGGUUAGCAUAAAUUAAGACCACUUAUGAUGCAUUUCCACAGAACACAAUAUGAAGAUGAAUCUCGUCAGGUCAUGGAUGCCAAGUGUUGUAACCUGCAGAAAAAUAUGAAGGGAAAUACCAGAUUCCAGACGUUGCAUUUGUUUCUCAUCUCUUCAAGCCUGUUUCUAUUUUGAAAGAAUUUAUCAUGUAUAAAACUUUCAAUGAGGUUUUUCAUACUGUCUCUUCUAUAUCAAUGGAUAUUGGUCAAUUAUGUUACUUAAGGAAUGAUCGUGGAUCUUGUUAUCAAACGUUGGUUUAUCAUGUGACAAUGUCAGGUCAUUGUCUUGUCACAUGAUAAACCAGUGCUUAUUUUCCCAUAAUAAUAACAAUAUCCACAUUCAUUCCUUAUAUUUACAUUGGCCUGUCAAUCAUAAAGGAGGCAUGUCAUAACAUUUUCAGUGUUUAAUGGGUCAUUAAUAUCAAGAUACAGAUUUCAGUGUUAUUGGAUCAUAAUGAUAUUAGGUAUGGUUGGGUAUAUUGAAGAACAAUCAUUAGUUCUGUAAAUACUUUGUAAUAACUUAUAGAAUCAUCUUAUCACAGGAUUUGCAUUUUAAUUCUGAUUAAUGCAAUAGUUUGAUAAAAUUGAGAUUCAUCAGCUACUGUUGGUAACAUUUAGACAACCAUAUCCAUUUAAAAAUCUUACAAAAUUCCCUUUAGCAGCAAUGAAUUAAGAGUAUGGGCAACUUAUGUUUUGAAAUAUUUAUUUCUUUCUGGUCUUUAGAUUAACUUGUUCUCAUAUAACUGCUUCUCUGUCUUGCCUUGUAAAGAGUUUUCCUGGGCUGCACUCAUGAAAUGUUUCUUAAAAACCUAUAUAUAAUUCCUUUUACCAAUUCUGUUUGCUAAUAAGCUCAUGUUUUCUACCAGCUCAAAUUGAUGAGGUAAAAGUAAGCAGUGAUCUGUGACAGACAUUUUAUUUUAAACUCACAGACUAUAUUAUAAGUACAUGUUCAGGAUAUUCACUUAUUGAAAACUUUAAGAACACUUUGAUGGAUAUACAACUUUACUUUAAUUUCAGCAAUGUUUCCAAGUCUAAUACAGGAAUAAUGAAGUUAUUGUUUAUGCUUGAUGAAGAUUCUAGUAUGUGACUUGAAAAGUCUAAAAUUAAAGGAAGUAGUAUAUCAAUGAAAAUGUUUUUUUCUUAUGUUCAAUCUUUUUCUUAACAUAAUUCAAGGAUUAUAUAUAUCAUAUUGUAUGAAUUAUUAGUAUUGUCCCAGUGUGUAGAAUUCUAUUGCAAUGGAAUCUGUGAAACAAUCAAAUCAAUGAACUAUAUAAACUGGCAGCGUGAGUAAAGCCAAAGGAACCGAGGUCAGAGAAUACUGAUCAAUUAAUACAUCAGUCUAUAUUUCUCACAAAUAUCAUGUAUAUUGACAAACUGUACAUCAUACAAAUAUUAUUAAAUUAAUCUUCCUACCGAAUUAUUAUUAAAAUUCU